CUGCAACAAGCUGAUUUUCUACUUUGGACUGGCCUAGCUCUGGACUCUGAGCCUUUCAGCCUGCCUGGGACUGAAUGGUCCAGGCAGGCCAAAGGUCCACUCUGCACCUGUCUUCACUGACUCCUCCUCGACGAGAUUAACCAGCUAUCUAGACUCUCCAGGAUCCAGCUUCCGCACUGUGCCUGUCUGAAGCCUAACAGACAUCUGGAAGUCCCGACUCCUGCAGCCAGUCCAGAGGGAUCCAUACUGGGAGCCUUUUAGCUCAAGACAGGAAAAACAAGGAGCACACAGGAUCUUAUGAAGGCACACUAAGCAGGAGCUACGAUGGAGAAUUACAUCACUCAGAUUUCCAGAGAAGACCUGGAUGAUCUCAAAGAUGCCUUCAAUAAAAUUGAUAUCGAUAACAGCGGCUAUGUGAGCGACUUCGAGCUUCAGGAGCUGUUCAGGGAGGCGAGUUUCUCCCUGCCGGGGUACAAAGUGCGAGAGAUCGUUGCGACCUUCCUUGCUGGAGACACCAACAGGGACAUGAAGAUCAGCUUUGAGGAAUUUGUUUCUAUCUAUCAAGAGCUGAAGAGCAAGGAGUUAAGUGAGACAUUUAGGAAAACCAUCACCAGGAAGGAUGGGAUCCGCUCCUUUGGAGGAACUUCACGAAUCUCCAGCGAGGGAACGCAGCAUUCCUAUGCUGAUGAGGAGAAGGUGGCUUUUGUGAACUGGAUGAACAAAGCUUUGGCAAAAGAUCCAGACUGCCAACAUCUGCUGCCCAUGAACCCUGACGAUGGAAGCCUCUUUACCUCUGUCCGGGAUGGCGUCCUGUUAUGCAAAAUGAUCAACCUAUCGCAGCCUGACACGAUUGACGAAAGAGUCAUCAACACAAAGAAACUAACUACCUUCAAAAAGACAGAGAAUCUGGUCCUGGCCUUGAACUCUGCCUCAGCGAUUGGCUGCAUGGUGGUGAACAUAGAUGCCCAUGAUCUGAUGGCUGGGAAACCCCAUCUGGUCCUUGGAUUACUCUGGCAGAUUAUCAGAGCUGGGCUUCUUGCUGAUAUAGAAAUCAGCAGGAACGAAGCUCUUUUCAGACUCCUCCUAACAGAUGACGAACAACUGGAAAGUCUCAUGUCUCUCUCCCCUGAGGAGCUGCUGCUGCGCUGGGUCAACUAUCACCUGCGCAACGCAGGAACAACAACCAUCAACAACUUCAGUGAAGAUAUAAAGGACUCACGGGCUUACUUCUACCUGUUGGACCAGAUUGCCAAACAUGAAGAGGACGACUACAAAAUGAGUGUCAAAAUUGACCUGAGCGGCCUCACUGUGCCUGAUCUGGACAGAAGGGCUGAGCUGAUGCUGCAACAGGCAGCUCGUCUGGACUGCAGACAGUUUGUCUCCCCUCAUGAUGUCACAUCUGGAAACAGCAAACUCAACAUGGCUUUUGUAGCCAACCUGUUCAACAUGCAUCCUGGUCUGCAGAGAGCUCACAUGAACGGCGAGAGUGCUCACAUAGAGGCUGAGACCAAAGAAGAAAAAACAUUCAGGAACUGGAUGAACUCACUAGGUGUUUCUCCUUAUGUCAACUACCUGUACAGUGACCUGAUUGAUGGUUUGAUAAUCCUGCAGCUUUAUGAGAAGGUUAAUGUGCCUGUAAACUGGAAGAGAGUCAACAUGCCUCCCUAUCCUUACCUGGGGAGCAAUAUGAAGAAGUUGGAGAAUUGUAACUAUGCCGUGGAGUUGGGCAAGAAUGUGGCUCACUUCUCUUUGGUCGGCAUCGGAGGAGAAAACAUCAAUGAGGGGAGUGCAAUGCACACGCUGGCUCUGCUCUGGCAGCUGAUGAGGAGAUACACGGUGCGUGUUUUAUCAGAUCUGGGUGAUGGAGAGAAGAUUAAAGAUGAGAUCAUCCUCAACUGGGUCAACACAACCCUGAGCCAGAAACGCAAGGACUCACAGAUCAGCAGCUUCAAGGACCUGAGGAUCAGCACCAGUCUACCAGUGAUCGACCUGAUUGAUGCAAUCGCUCCUGGUACUGUCAAGUGGGACAUGGUGAACAGAGGUGACAGAGGGAUGCUGAAACCAACCGAUAAACUGGAGAAUGCCAAGUAUGCAAUCUCAUUGGCUCGUAAGAUUGGAGCUCGUGUCUACGCACUGCCGGAUGAUUUGGUGGAGGUGAAUCCAAAGAUGGUGCUGACGCUGUUCGCGACCCUGAUGGGCCACAGUCUGAAAAAGGCCAACAGCUAAAAACAAACAUAAAACCAGCUACCAAUAAACAUUUUAUUUUCAUCCACUACUUCCCCAUUUUUCUGGCUUUGUAUUUUCUAACUUUUGACUUUUAAUCAUGCUGUGAUCAUCCCACAGAGAAAACAAUGCUUUAUUCUCUUUUUCAUGAAGACAAUAAGCCUGCCCUAAGUUGAAAUGCAUUGUUUGUUUUGAACAACUUUUACUGCACUUGUGAUUUUACAGAACAAACUCCAUUUGUUCUUUUGUUUAAAGGUAUUUAAUAGGGCAUUGCAUAUAUUCAUAUUUUGACUUGUUGUGCUAUAUGACGAGAGUAGGCUACACAGCAAAAUCAUACAGAGAAGCUCUUAUGAAUGUAAAUGUUUUGCAUUGAAUGUUGCUUUUUAAUUACUAAGAAGAGUCUAUUAAAGUACUGCACAGUCUUUUAUGUGUCUGUGGAUACAUGUUAUUUCAGACCUUUUACAGGUUUUAAUCAUGUGAAUUACAACAUUUUUACUGUAGUAUAUCAUUAAUAUAGACUUAUACA